AUGCAUGAAGAUGAUGCUCCACUGGCUGCUUCUUCAUCUUCUCCGGCGUCUCUAGCACAGAAAGAAUCAAAAAUACCUGGAUCUACGAUUUCCUCACCCACAGCUGUUCAUCCUCAAACUACGACCGCAGACAGUCUGGUCCACAGCAUCAGAAGCAAGUUUCUAAAUGAGCUUCACAAAGUCCCAUUACCGUCCUGGGCUACAGCAGCGCUCGGCUUCAUCACAGUCUUCAUCGUCCUCAGCUGCUGUCUGUGCAUCUUCAGGAAGAUGAUCUUUAAGAAGAAAAAGGAAAAAGGAGGGAAAGAGAAAAAUGAAAAGAACGACAUCAACAUGUCUAACGUGAAAGAGGAGGGAACAAAACAGGCUGUUCAUCACACCACUGAUUCUGAUGCCAAAGAAGAAGACUCAGAGUCAAAAGAGGCUCAGAAACUGGGAAAACUUCUUUAUACCCUUGACUACAACUUCACUGACAGCACGUUAAUUGUAGGUGUGAUUCGGGCUGAAGGGCUUGCUGCUAUGGACAUGAGUGGCACUUCAGAUCCAUACGUUAAAGUUUACCUCCUCCCCGACAAGAAAAAAAAGUUUGAGACUAAAGUUCAUCGCAAAACACUCGAGCCGACUUUUAAUGAACACUUCACCUUUAAGGUACCGUAUGCAGAGCUCGGAGGGAAGACGCUGGUCAUGACGGUGUACGAUUUCGACCGUUUCUCCAAGCACGAUGCGAUCGGGGAUGUGAGGCUGCAGAUGAAUAAGGUGGACUUCAGCCAUCUUACUGAGGAGUGGAGAGACCUGCAGAAAGCUGAGAAAGAGGAGCAAGAGCGGUUAGGUGAUAUUUGCUUGUCUCUGCGCUACGUACCUACGGCUGGAAAGCUGACCGUGGUCGUUCUGGAGGCCAAAAACCUCAAAAAGAUGGAUGUGGGUGGACUCUCGGACCCGUAUGUGAAAAUCCACUUGAUGCAGAACGGCAAAAGACUGAAGAAAAAGAAAACCACGAUUAAGAAGAACACACUGAACCCAUAUUACAACGAAUCAUUCAGCUUUGAAGUGCCAUCUGAGCAGAUUCAGCGCCACUGGUCAGACAUGCUGGCCAAUCCAAGAAGACCCAUCGCCCAAUGGCACGCGCUUAAACCUGAAGAGGAUGUGGACGCCGAACUGAUAAAGAAGUGAAG